AGUUAAAACAAGCGCUCCUUAGUACUAGUAGUUAGCAAGCCGAGGAGAGUACGCAGAAGCUAAAUAGAUAUCUCAAAAUGGCAACGGCCAUUUAUUUGGAGCAUUAUCUUGACAGUAUUGAAAAUCUACCAUGCGAGUUACAGAGGAACUUCACUUUGAUGCGGGAAUUGGACAACAGAACCGAAGAAAAGAAAGGAGAGAUCAACAAACUGGCGGAGGAGUACAUAGCAAAUGUGAAGAACCUGGCCUCGGAGCAGAGAGUGGAACAUCUGCAGAAGAUCCAGAACGCCUACAGCAAGUGCAAAGAAUUCAGCGAUGACAAAGUGCAGCUUGCAAUGCAGACAUAUGAAAUGGUGGAUAAACACAUCCGCAGACUUGAUGCAGAUCUGGCUCGGUUCGAGAAUGAGCUGAAGGAGAAACUAGAGCUGAGUGGUUAUGAAAGUACAGAAGGAAGGGGACUGAAGAAGAACGAUAUUAGGGGCCAGAAAGAUAAGCGUGGAUCCAGGGGUCGAGGAAGGAAGGGUUCUGAUGAAGAUUCUCCCAGGAAGAAGAAGAAGAGCAGUCCAGACCUGAGUGAUGCUCUCCUGCCUAUGCAACCAUCAGACGUUCUGGACAUGCCAGUGGAUCCCAAUGAACCUACAUACUGCUUGUGUCAUCAGGUUUCAUAUGGAGAGAUGAUUGGCUGUGAUAACCCUGACUGUCCCAUUGAGUGGUUUCACUUUGCCUGCGUCGACCUCGCCACAAAGCCGAAAGGAAAGUGGUUCUGUCCUAGAUGCACGCAGGACAGGAAGAAGAAGUGAGAUUUCCUCUCAGAUGUUUAACUACUACGUGUUGUCGGUGCCACUAAAUAGUCUUUUAUGUAUUUGUUUCGGCAAUAAUCCGU